AUGAACACGAGUAUCCACUAUAGAGAGCCGUGUGCCACCACACGGCUCCUCAAUGAACGUGUGGCGACAGUGGCUGCGUUGGCAGGGGUCGACGAUGUGUGUGUCCAUUUGAGCAGUGCCUGCCGUCCACAAGACGAAGAUACAGUGAGCACCAACAGUACUGCUGCUACUGCUACUGCUACUGCUACUGCUGCUGCUACUGCUGCUGCUAGCAGUGACGGUUAUUGGAACAAUGAAGGUGAAGUAGACGACACGUUAAAGACGCUGUUAGAGGAGAAGGCUCAAAUCAUGGGGCAAAUCAAGACAUUACAUUGUAAUAGGGCGAAACGUGUCAGGGAGAGAGUUUUGCAAAUUGUGCAAACAUUUGAUUCGAGCGUGUCCAAAGAGGCAAUUAUGGGUGUGCGGAGCGACGCGACGCUUGGUGGAGUGGGAGGAGAUGGGAUUGAAGAUGUUGGAGAAGUUGAAGAGAUUGUCGGGAGAGUCAGAGACGAUGUAGUGGAUGUUGUUGGACAUUGGGAGGAAGGAGGUGAGGUCAGUGAGGAUGGGGUGCGGAAGUUUGGGUUGUUUGUGGAGUUGCAGAUGCAGAUACAGUUGUUGAUAAGUUUGGAGGAGGAGUUGACAAAAGAGAGAGAGGAGGUAGAAGGAGAAGGAGAAGUAGAAGGAGCAGAAUACCCACAGGGAAUUGGAAAUACACCCAAAUUGGAAGGCCCGGGGGGCACGUUUUGGGCAAUUGAUGCAAUUCUGACACAUUUCUCCAAACAGUUUGUGUUUCAUUUCCAGGGAGAGGGAGAGACCAAUAGGCUCGACAAGCCCGAAUUUGCCCUAAAUUAUGUUUUACUAUACCUUCGAAACAAGCUGUCAUUGGCCAAGUCAGUAUUUGCCCACUCAUUUGCAACAGUAGUGGCACACUAUGGGGGGAUCCAUGGAAGUUUCUCCACGUGGUUUAUUAAAUCAAUUCUACGUUUGUUGACCAACAAGUUUGGUUUGGAAGUCAACAACCUUGUUUUGCAUAGUAACCAUCAUUUGUUAUCCCAUCUAGUAUUGGAAUUGAAGAAGUUUGAUUGGGCUCUAAAGAACGAAUUCAACUAUAUUCCGCAUGCGGGAGAAGAAUGGAAUGGGUUAACCAAUGAUUUGAUACUAUGUCAUACCAAAGUUUGGAAUGUCUGGCUACAAAGUGAAAAGGAUUUUGUUAAUGGACGGUUUGACGAAAUCAUCAAUAUGGACGAUGCUUGGCAAUUGGAUUAUGAUAUUGUUGAAAAUGGAUACACCAAACCAACAAAGAGUUCAAUCAAUUUGGUCAAUUUACUUAAAAGUAUAACUUUUAAUUACCAAUCUCUACCAUUGAAAUUUCAAUUGAAAUUUCUAAGCGAGGUUCAACUCAAAUUACUUAAUUUCUAUUUCGACACUCUCAAGAAAGGAUAUUAUGCUUUGAAACAUAUCAAGACAGUCCAAGUUGAUGGGGUUUCUACAUUGGAACGCAUCUGCCGAGUAUGGUGUUCCUCCAACUACAUUAUAGAAACAUUGGAUAAAUGGGGGGACGAGUUGAUUUUCAUUGAAUUGUGGCAGUCUUUAAACAAUAGAGAGGAUGAUUUCAAAAGUACUUUUUUCGAUUCAGUCAUUAAUGGAUACAGGUUGGAAAUCGUUAAUAAAAUCCCAAAACUAAUCACUAAUUACUUUGACGUGCAGUUCAACAGAAUCAUGAAGGACUAUUUCCAAGAAAAUGCAGAUUGGAUCAACGUCAUGGGUAAUAGCUUGUCAGUGUCGACGUCAGUGUCAUCUGCCCUUGAUUUCAUAGUGGCAACAUUGGCCAAAGAUUUGCAGUUCCUUCAAAGGACGGUGUCCACACAGACAUACGAGGCCUGGAAACUCCUUGUAUCGGAGAGACUCGCCAACUACAUUGAGAGAAAUAUCAUUAUGGCAAACACCUUCUCCAUAGACGGCGCACUCAAGUUGCAGUCCCAUGUCGAACAAAUAUACCACUCUCUAAAUCUUCCUCGCUGCUACCUCUCACAUGGGAAAUUGAUGGCGUCCAUCGAAGUCCUCAAAGGCAACCACCCCUCGUAUCCUUUGAACGAAAUGACCGUCUCCAUGCUUGUCAACAGACGUGGUUGA